AUGGGCGAACGAGGGAGCCAAUUCCGUCAACAUCACUCAACCUCCCUCAGCCAACUUUUUGUUAAGUAAAGAAAAAGAAAAGGAACAAAUACAAGGGAUGAAGCAGCAGUAAAGAUCAAACUCUUCUUCUUCUUGAUCUCUCUUUUAGCAAAUUCCUUUUGCUCCCAUCCAAUUUACAAGUGAAGGAGAUAUACUUACAUAAUGGGAAACAAAGAAUCAACAUUUGAUGACUCCCAUGAUGUUAAUUUUCAUCAAAGGCCAGAAUAUUCAAGAAGCGAACCGGGGAUUGGAUAUCCAUAUCAGCCUACAGCAUAUACAGGACAUUCAGGAAACACAAUGGAAACUGGAUAUCCAUAUCAACCUACAACAUUUACAAGACAUUCUGGUGACACAAACUAUAAAGAACAAGGUUCAUCAUAUGUCGGAAGCUCAAUUAACACUAAUGAUAAAAAGACACAUCAAGGCACCUACAUAGCUGAUAACUUUAACUCUUUGGACCAGGUGAUUAAUGCAUUGAGAGAGGCAGGGCUUGAAUCAUCAAACUUAAUUCUCGGAAUAGAUUUUACAAAAAGCAACGAGUGGACUGGAAAAUAUUCAUUCAAUCAUAAAAGUCUCCAUGCAAUUGGUAAUACACCAAAUCCGUAUGAACAAGCAAUCUCUAUUGUUGGGAGAACUUUGUCUCCCUUUGAUGAGGACAACUUAAUACCUUGUUUUGGAUUUGGUGAUGCCACAACACAUGAUCAACAUGUGUUUAGCUUUUUCCCUGACCACCGGCCAUGUCACGGAUUUGAGGAAGCUCUUGCACGAUAUAGAGAAAUUGUCCCUUACCUAAAAUUGGCAGGUUUGAAGCAAUUCGUUUAUCAGUUAUAUUAUUUUACAGCUAAAAAUGACUGAAAUGACCGAUAAAUCCAAAAUUUAUGAAUUUGUUGCUCUUAAGUAUCUAAACAAAAUACUCAAAAUACAAAAAUAUUCACCAAAAUGAUUUUAAGAAAAAAGAGGCAAAAAAUGAAGUAUUGUCUGGUCAAAAACUUGUGGAGAAGCCAAAAAUGAAGCCUGCCAAACAGGUUCUAUGUCUGUGAUCUUGAUUCUCAUGUUAUAUACUUUUUUGAAGGCCCAACUUCAUUUGCACCUAUUAUUAAUGCUGCCAUUGAUAUAGUUGAAGCAAGCAACAGGCAGUACCAUGUCCUUGUCAUUAUUGCAGAUGGACAGGUUACCCGGAGCCGUGAUACACCACCUGGCAAGCUUAGCAAGCAAGAGCAUGAUACUGUUGAUUCUAUAGUUGCUGCAAGUGAAUAUCCUCUUUCAAUAAUUCUUGUUGGCGUGGGAGAUGGUCCGUGGGAUGAAAUGCGCCAGUUUGAUGAUAACAUUCCUCAUCGAAAUUUCGACAACUUUCAGUUUGUCAACUUCACAUCAAUCAUGUCUAAACACAUGGAUACUGAAAAGAAGGAAGCAGCUUUUGCACUUGCUGCACUUAUGGAAAUUCCAAUCCAGUACAGACUCGCCCAAAGUUUUCAAAGCACAGAGGGCAAAAAAGGUCCUCGCGCAAGGCCGCUUCCUCCUCCACGUGAAGUAAUUGCUCAUGAUCAAGUUGCCAACUUGUUUCCACGUGCACCGAGCUCUGAACCAGCAGACCCUGUUGCUGCAGCAGAACAAGUUUGCCCCAUCUGCUUGACAAAUCCAAAGGACAUGGCUUUUGGUUGCGGUCAUCUGACUUGCAGGGAAUGUGGCGCCUCAAUAUCUCUAUGUCCACUGUGUCGAGAGCCCAUCAAAACUCGUAUACGGUUGUACGGUUGAUUUCCAGCCAGUCCAAAGAUCUUCUUCUGUAAUAUAUUGAUCCAUGAGGUAGCUAGCUUGUAAAAUGAAAGUGUUACUUUAACCCCAAUGAUUGACACCAAAGUUGACACUAUUAAAGAGAAUAGAGAAUCACACAGAGACAAGACAAUCAUUGUCUAUGAGAAUCACGCGUUUCACAAACACCAAAAUGUUUGUGAAACACCGACGGUGUCAACCUAUCUUGGCGUCAUGUAUGGUGUGACGGAUAGCAUGACCCCAUUUAUAAAGCCCGAAAGUGGGAUGAUGCUGCGAUAAUUACUUGUAUGUUGUUCAAUAGUUCCUUUUCUUUUUCAAAUUAUGUUCAUUUGGACCGAAGAGUUUGAGGUCUUAUGUAAAUUCAAAAUAAGUAUGAAAUUAAACCCGGAAAAAUAAUGAGUUUCGUUUGUGUAUUUUGUAAUUGUAACUCUCAUUGAAACCUAUUCUGUUUGUACAUCUGGAUAAAUUUACUUACAUUCG